AUGCUCCCUCGAAAUGGGCGUUUCUGGAAUCGUGGUCAGUGUGAGGGAAACGCAGCUGGAUCCUUGAUCCUUACGGACAUCAACAAGGAUCUACUGCGUGAGUUAUGGCCGGAGGAUAAGGUGAUAGCUGGGCGGCGGGUCUGCAGAUUUUUGAGGAGGGAGCUUCUGAAAGUGAAGAGUCUAGUCAUCCGAGCCUCCACGUUGCCAUCGCACUCCAGCUCGUGGAGCAUACUCCCAAAGUAUGAGGGAUCGAUAGAGUUCUAUGGCAUGCGACUUGGCGGCAUCGUCGACAGCCUCAUUGUCCCUGCAGUCAUCGAAGGUUGGAAAGGGCCGAGUGUUUUGAACUUGGUGGACAGUCAUAUCAAGCGUGAGGGAGCAGAGAGCUUGUCUCAAGCGCUAGCUCGCUGCGGGGGGACGAUCAAGAGGCUCGAGCUUGAUGGGAACUACGUUGGAAGGAUGGGGAUCAGCCGACUCUCCGUGGCACUCACUCACUGCAGGAACCUUACGUUCCUCAGCUUGGGAAGAAACCUGAUUGGGGACAAGGGGAUAGGACAUCUCGUCUCUUCCCUUCUCUUCUGCCCGCUGCAGCAUCUCGACUUGAGCAUCAACUACAUCGGAGCAGAGGGUGCAGCGAAGCUGGCAAGUGUUCUCCCGCAUCUCUCCAUGCUGGAAGUCCUGAUCCUCUUCGGGAACCCGCUCAAGGAUGAAGGAGUAGAGAAGAUCUCCAAAGUGCUUCUGCAGUGCUUCCUCUUGCAGAGACUGGACCUGAGCGUCAACGGGAUCGGGGCGGAGGGAGCAGGAAGGCUUGCCCUUGCCCUCCCCUCCUGCACCAGGUUGAGAAGCCUCAACCUGAGGGGAAAUGCCUUGGGAGACUUGGGAGUGAAGCUUCUGUCCUGGGCGACGCCGCAGUGUCUCGCGAUGACUGAGCUCGACUUGAGCAGGAACAGCAUCACGGCUGACGGCGCCUCGUCUCUCUGCAGGAAACUGGUGCCUGACGUCAUUGUGAAUCUCGACCUGGCUGGCAACUUUUUGGGGGAGGAGGGAGCGAUGGCCCUGGCCCUGAGCUUGAAGAGCUGCACCAGUCUAUCGAGAUUGGAACUGAGCAGAUGCCGGCUAGGAUGUCAAGGGAUCAAGCGGCUCAUCCCUCUCAGACACAACCAGAGUCUCUCUCAUCUCGGUCUGGGCCUGAACGAUAUCGGAGACUCGGGGGUAGAAGCGCUGCUGCCCUGCUUGUCGGACAUGCACUGUUUGAAGUGGUUGGACUUGUGCGGCAACGGAAUUACCGACCAGGGAGCUUCACUUCUGUGCUCUCAGUUCACCUCCUUGCUGUCGCUGGAAACGUUGAAUCUCGGUGGAAACAAUUUCUCCCUGGCAGGAGUCGACAAGCUGCGGAAGGCGGCGAAGGAAGCAAGAUCUCUCCGCACUCUUAUCAUCGGGAGUGAAGGAAAUUGGGAUGAAGGCUCAGGUCUCCUAUCCGUCGCUCUUCCUUGCGGCAUCUUGCGAUGGUGA